AUGAAUUUUGGCGAUUAUGAUGAGUUCAAUGAAGAUAAUAACCCAUUUUUGGGUUCCGCGCACUUUUUAUCUAACGGCAUUGAUAGCACCUUUGGUACUGAAGGUUCAAAAAAGUUGAAUAGCAAAAACACCGUUGAGCAAGGCGAAAAUUCUUCAGAUCUGGUAUCGAAUACGAUAAAUAAGGAUGCCAAUUUCAAAGAAUCCCCGAUAAACCCUCUUCCUUUACAUUUUGAUGAUGAUAGCAAUUUGAAAAAUAUAGGUGACCAAGUUAUCGACGCUCAGCAAGAGGACUAUGCGAAAAUCAUUGGAUAUGAGGCAAUGCAAGAUUCACGUAACAAACGAGCAGUAUUUUACACAAUCGAAGGUACUUCUGGGAAAAGAAAUCUUUCAAAAAGUAAGGAUUCAGGCGAACUAGUAAAGAUUCAUCGCCGAUAUUCAGAUUUUGUGUCUCUUCGAUUAUACUUAGUAAAGUUUUUUCAGACUAAGGUGAUACCACCUAUUCCUGAGAGACAUUCUCUGGGGAGACUGUUAAGACAUCCAUUUGGAUACACAAUGGACACACAGAUUAUAUCUAGACGUAUAAGACUUUUGAAUUACUUUCUGAAGCGGGUUCAAGAAGAUCAUACAAUAAGAGAAUGUCAGUUAAUGAAAAAAUUCCUAAAUCCAGAUAUUCGUUACUGGUUUCAGGCGUUAGAAGGACCACCUUUUACUUCGCUAUCAUCAAAGUCAAUACUACUCACAUCUCCAAGAGACCCAACAACACCUAGUGCAUAUUUUUCAUACUUACCGCUUCCCAAAAAAAAUCAGACCCGCCAUUACAAAUCCAGCAUCGAGGAUACAGUCUUUGUACCAAUUGAAAAGAAGACAAUUGAGAUGGAAAAAGUGGUUAGACGUCUGGAGAAGGCUUGCAACAUGAUGAUUAGAGAUUUUAAUGAGAAUAGGAAGGAAUUGAUCGAGAUGGGAGGCUUUUUUAACAUAUUUAGUAUAGUUGAAGAUGACCACGAAAUAAUUGAAGGAUUCGGUGAUAAAGUCGACAUGACGUUUAUUAAUAUUGAGGUUUUGGUAAACAACCUUACGUGCAAGGUGAAAGAAAAAUUAAUGAUAAUACGGCUCACAUUGCAAGCAAUUUCUCAGGUUCUAGAGUUUAGAAAACUUAAGGAAGUUCAACAUUCCGUAUUGGAAAAAACAAUAAUAAAAAAGCAAAUGCGGCUUGAGGGAAUCAUGAAUUGUGCAUUAAGUGAGCAGCGUAUUAAUGAAGUACUUCGUGAAGGAAGUAUUAAAUCUCCAAGUUUGAGUCGGGCGAUUUCAGAUUUAAAAGUAAAAAGAAAGGCUCUAAGAAAGCUUGACGAAGUUGGAAAUCAGCAAUCUGUAGAAAGCAAUCAAGGAUUUGCUCAAAAGAGAGACCAUUCCAGCUGGAGAAAAGCCGUAUUAGCUAUAGAUGAUCCAGAGUUAGGGGAAGGAGGUGGAAUAACGACAGGAAGCUUGCAGAAAAAGAACAUAGAAUCUAUGAGUGAGAGAGAACUUCAGAUCGAACUAGCAAGACUUGGAAGUGAGCUGAACUGGAAACUUAUUCCAUGCUUUGAGGAAUUAUCUGAGGAUAUCAAGUAUAUGAGCAUUGAAAUCGAGGCUAAUGUUAACAAGGAGCUCUGGUUAAUAGUAAAAAUAUUACAUGAGGUGUCUGUUAACUGGAAAAAGGAAAUUUAUGGAUUGUAUUCGAAGAAAUGCGGGAAGGUUUGGUCAGGAGAUGCUGCUAAGGAUAGAAAUGAAUAUACAAGCUCAAAGUAA